AUGAAACUGAGAAACCAAACGCAGCUAUCAGAAUUCUUCCUCCUGGGACUCUCAGAAAACCCAGCACUGCAGCCUCUCAUCUUUGGGCUGUUCCUCUCCAUGUACCAGGUCACUGUAAGUGGGAACCUGCUCAUUGUCAUGGCCAUCCUCACAGACCCCCACCUCCACACACCCAUGUACUUCUUCCUCGCCAACCUGUCCAUGGUGGAUAUCUGCUUCACCUCCACCACUGUCCCCAAGAUGCUGGUGAACAUCCAGACGCAGAGCCAAGCCAUCAGCUAUGCAGGCUGCAUCACACAGAUGUUUUUCUUCACAAUCUUUGGAACAUUAGAUGAUUUUCUGCUGGCUGUGAUGGCCUAUGACCGCUUUGUGGCCAUCUGUCACCCCCUGAACUACAUGGCCAUCAUGACGCCUUGGCUUUGUGUACAGCUAGUUCUGCUGUGUUGGAUCACUGGUGUCCUGCAUGCCUUAUUAAACAGUUUACUGGUGCUGAGGCUAAGAUUUUGCACACACAUGGAAAUCCACCACUUUUUCUGUGAGUUGAAUCAGGUGGUCCACAGAGCCUGUUCUGACACCUUUCUCAAUGACCUCCUAUUGUACUUUGGAGCUGUGCUGCUGGCAGGAGGUCCCUUGGCUGGUAUUCUGUACUCUUACUCUAAGAUUGUCUCCUCCAUCCGUGCCAUCUCCUCAGCUCAGGGCAAGUAUAAAGCCUUUUCCACCUGUGCCUCUCAUCUCUUGACCAUAUCUCUAUUUUAUGGAACAAGCUUAGGUGUGUACCUCGGUGCCAGUGCUGCCUCAAGUUCAGCCUCAACUGCAGCAGCCUCGGUGACGUACACCGUGGUCACCCCCAUGCUGAACCCCUUCAUCUACAGCCUGAGGAAUACAGACAUGAAGAAGGCUCUGAAAAGAGUGUUGUUCCAUAAAUGA